AAUACAGCUGAUAUCUUGUCGCGAAUACGUUCGCAUUCUAGGUUUCAGUAUCUCAACCAUGCUAAAGUGUUCUGGUAGUAAUCCGCAAAGCCGUAAAAAUAGACCACUUAAACGAAUCUCCCCUCGUUGGCGUAGUACCUUCCCUAUUUCCUUAAGUCAGCUACAAAAGAAACGUGACGAAUUCUGGGAUACAGCCCCAGCAGCUGAAGGAAGAAUUGAGAUUUGGAAUGCACUGAAAGUGGUUGCUGAUUUCUUUCAAAAACAAGAAUAUGAUAUGGCUCAAGCUAUUUUAGAUGGAGCAUGCAUCACUCUUCCAUCAGGAACAUUAUGUGACUGCUAUGAUGAACUUGGUGCUCGUUAUCAACUUCCAUUAUAUGUCCUAAGUCAGCCAAGCAAUCUUAUUCCAGAUCCUUCUACUCCUGAUUCACAAAGCUUACACUCUCAACUAAAUAUGUCUUCUGUCCUCAGAAAUUCUAAUACCUAUACUUUAGGCUUUAAUAACGCCUCAAGAAUUCGUUCUCAGCAACAAUGCGCCGAUGAUAAUAAUGACCCGUCAAGUGACGAUGUAUGUGGGUGUUUGUCAUUGUUCAAUGCAUUUUGUCAUAGAAGCCGGAGAAAUAGAGAUGGAUCACCCCAUUGGUUACAGUGGAACUUUAAUUCGUGUAGACGUGUUUGUAAUCAACCAGUACGUGAUAAAGUCGAUCCUAAUCAUCAUAAUUCAUCAUCACCACAAUGUCUUAAUUUAAGAUUAUCUACUGGUGAACAGCAUACAUUGGAAAUAGGUGAUCAAAAUAUCACAGUUUUAGAAGCUAAACGUUUGUUUGCUUCAGUAUGCGGUUGGCAUGAGCUUAGACAGCGUUGGUUUGUUUGCGGUCGUUCUCUUUCAAAUCGACUUUUGAUUAAAGACUGUGAUAUACCAGCAGGUUUUGUAAUCCAAGUUAUUGUACACUCACCAUUCGAUCCUGAACGUUUGUGGAAACAAGAGAAUAGACCUAUAACUAAUUCUGUAGUGGAAGCUAUUAUCACAUAAUAGUAGAUUUAUUUUGUUUUGCUUUUUGUAUUGCAUUUCUGUUGAUUUCAUAAAUUUGUUUCAAGAUUAGUAUUUGACGAUCAUGCCAUUACUUCAAUCAAUACAAAAUAAAUCAAACAAUUGUAUGUAAAGGAAUUUUUUUAUCUCUGUAAUUUAAUUUGUUAAUAUUUCUUUAGCUUCUAUGUAGUUUGUAAUUUCCUUUUUAUUCACUUCACAUUUGUACAUCAUUAUAUAACUUUAUUAUUACUUUUUACAUCAUUAUAUUUGUACUCUACUCAAAUUAAUUAUACGGUAUGUUAUUAGUUACCUCAUUUAAAUGGAAAACUUAUUUAUUAAAUAUUAUUUAUGAUUAUAUUUUCGAAAACUAAUAAGAUUGUUUGUUGAUUUGUUUUCUUUUUUUAUAUGGCCAAGAUUUAAAAUUUAACGAAAUGACUUGUUUGUUAUGCGACAUGUAAAUCUCACGAUUGUUCUGUUAUUUUAUAAAUCUAUCUGACCUGAAUAUGUCCUCCUCUAUGGAUUGAUUUUCCAUGCCUGUUUGUUUGUUUGUUUAAUUCUUAAUUAUCUUUGUGAUUAAACAAUGUCUUUUUUUCUUUUCCUUUGUAAAUGAUUGCCUCAUCAUUUUCUUUUAACAUUUGCUCACUAUAUAAUUGUUAUUGUCUUUGUUGUUCCUUUGUUUUUAGAUUUUGUACAAGUGUGUGCAUAUAAAUCUGUUUAUCAAUUCUUUUUCUUUUCUAUCUGUUUUUUUUACUUCUGGUCGCUUA